AUGUCAAGCCAGCCUGGCCCCUCGAAACCUGCCUCAAAGGAUCACUACAAGUUCUGGCAGAAGACUGACACCGAACGCGAUCGUCAGAAAUCAGCCACAGCUAAUAACGAAGUCGCAGUUCCACCUGCCGUCGCCACCUCACUGCAACCAUCUCACCCCGAUGCGUAUACCUCAACCCGUACAAGAGCUUCUCGACAUCCAGAGAAAGUUGAAAGGAAAGAGUAUACAUUUCGACGUACUGCUCCUACCCAAGACCAUCCUCCCAACGAAGUCCAUCGUUCUCGAAACGAUCAUGCUCCAACCACAAUGCCCUCCAAACAGCCCGAAGUAUCGCUCCCGCCGCAGCAGUCCCACACAUCAAAACCGCACUACCAAGAAAUAGAAAGGGUGAAACCAAUGGAAGCAUUGGACAGAAGACAUCCUCAAGAGGAGAGAGAGCGGGAGAGAGGACUUCAUAGGGAAAAUCACAGAGAAAGAGAUAGAGAGAGGGAACGGGAGAGUGGGAGAGAACGAAGAAGGGACAGAGAAGAGGGGAAAUUCAAAAGCAAAGACAAGGACAAGGAUCAAGAAGGGGAGCCAGGUAGACAGAGGGAGGAACACACGAAACAGGUGGAUCGCGAGAGAGAGAGGAGAGAGAUGGAGCGAGAGAGGGAAAGAAAAGAAAAGAGAGAGCGUGAAAGAGAGAGGGAAAGAGAAAAGGAGGUAGAGAGGGAGGAGGAGAGAAGAAAGGAGAGGGAGCGGAAGAGAGAGGCAGACAGAGAGGAGCGUGAGAGGGAGAGGCAGCGCGAGAAGGAGAAGCAGCGCGAGAGGCGAGACAGAGAACGCGAACGAGAGAGGGAACGUGAAAGGGAGUUGAAGGAACAACGUGAAAGAGAGCUCAAGGAACGCGAACGAGAGAGGGAACGUGAAAGGGAGUUGAAGGAACAGCGUGAAAGAGAGCUCAAGGAACGCGAACGAGAGAGAGAAAGGGACAGACAGCUGAAGGAACGCGAACAAGCGCGGGAACGCGAAAGGGAACUCAAGGAACGCGAACGAGAGCAGGAGCGUGAAAGGGAGAAGGAGCGUGAAAGAGAGCUCAAGGAACGCGAACGACAGAGAGCGCUCAAGGAACGCGAACAAGAACGGGAACGCGAAAGAGAACUGAAGGAACGCGAACUAGAGAAGGAGCGUGAAAGAGAGAAGGAGCGUGAAAGAGAGCUCAAGGAACGCGAACGACAGAGAGCGCUCAAGGAACGCGAACAAGAACGGGAACGCGAAAGAGAACUGAAGGAACGCGAACUAGAGAAGGAGCGUGAAAGAGAGAAGGAGCGUGAAAGAGAGCUCAAGGAACGCGAACGACAGAGAGAACGGGAAAGACAGCUCAAGGAACGCGAACAAGAGCGUGAACGCGAAAGAGAGUUGAAGGAACGCGAGCAAGAGAGAGAACGGGAAAAACAGUUCAAGCAACGGGAACAAGAGCGGGAACGCGAAAGACAGCUCAAGGAACGUGAGCAAGAGCGGGAACGCGAAAGGGAGUUGAAGGAACGCGAAAGGGAGAAGGCACGCGAACAAGAGCGGGAACGCGAAAAACAGCUCAAGGAACGUGAGCAAGAGCGGGAACGCGAAAGGGAGCUGAAGGAACGCGAAAGAGAGAAGGAGCGUGAAAGAGAAAAGGAGCGUGAAAGAGAGCUCAAGGAACGCGAACGAGAGAGAGAACGGGAAAGACAGCUCAAGGAACGCGAACAAGAUAGAGAACGGGAAAAACAGCUCAAGGAACGUGAGCAAGAGCGGGAACGCGAAAGGGAGAAGGAACGCGAAAGGGAGAAGGAACGCGAAAGGGAGAAGGAACGCGAAAGGGAGAAGGAACGCGAAAGGGAGGAGGAACGCGAAAGAGAGCUCAAGGAACGUGAGCGGGAGAAGGAACGCGAAAGGGAGAUGGAGCGCGAGAAGGAGAAAGAGCGAGAACGCGCCAGAGACAGAGACAGACGGAGGGAAAGGGAGGCAGAGCAUGAAUUCAAGAAGGCUAAAGUCAGGGAUCAACCCCGCGACAGAGAUAGAGCGGCUGGGCGAGACACACAAAGGCCAAGUCAAAGGAAUACCGGAGUAUUCCUUGAAGAUGAGAAGGCGGCCGAGCGGCCGAGCAAGGAUGAACGAAGGGCAGAAAGGGCAUACUACCAUAAGGACAGAGAAGACAGAGGUCGCGAAAACAAACCGACUGUCCUCGAAUCCGGAGUUGAACACGAUUCCCCCAAUGCUAGGAUCUACCGUGAAAAUGAUCGACCAAAGGGUACUGGCAAGGAGGGAGUGAGGGAGGAUGACUUAGAACGCAAUCUGAGAAGACCACUCAAUCGUCAUCCCGCCGAAGCAGUUCGCGACGAGGGUGAUAGCUCCGAUAGUUCCAUAAAACCGGCAAUUCGACCCUCACUCCCUGGCCACAGGCGCCACCGGACGGAGGAACGAGUCGCCAAGUACAUUUACAAGAUUCAGGAAACACACGUCGACACACCACACCUUCCGUUGCAGCCAAACGUAAUCGAUAUCCGCCCUACACGUGUUCAUCUUCCUCCCAAGGAGUUAAAAAUGCACGAUCGCACGGUCUCAUUGCCCUCUGGCGUUCCAGGCGGAAACGUCACCAGUGAUACAGAAGGCGCCCUACUUCGUGAAGCUAGACAUGAGAGGCAAGCCCAGGAUCGACAAAACAAUGCCAUUUUGACCGGUAACGAUAUAGUAUCGAAACCUAACGAACUUCAUUCUCGACGCCCACCAUCUCGUUAUGAUGCUCCUAUCGGCUACCUCGUAUCACCUCCCCUCCAGGUUUCCUCCUCCAGCACACCACUUGUGAAGUCCAGACGCGAGUCGCACGUGCCCCUAGGCGUCACUCAUAACCCCAGCGUGACCGCAAUUCGGGGGCAAGUGUCCGAAAAUCUUGCUCCAGUCGAGAACCACAAGUCAUCAAUCCGUAUGCAAGAUCACACCCCUCCGGGACGACCAGAGUUUCUUCGCCCACCAAACUCUUUCGGGCUACCCUCAACCUUUGAACCCGAACAAUACGGUUCAAACAAACAGACAGCAACGCACCACUCGGAUUUGCCUUCCACGUUUAACACGAACGCUGCAAACCAAGCAGAUGUUCUGUCUACACACCUCAAGACCGAUAUUUCUUUGCAGGUGUCCUCGAACCAAUCACCUGCUAAUCAUUUCCGCCAGGCGUCACGAAAUGUCACAGCCGUGGACAGUACACCUACAACCACUCCGAUGUAUUUGGAGGCGAAGAAGACCACUCAACAGGUAGACGGAUCGUCGAUACCCCCUGGUUCAUACUUGUCGCAAAUGCUCCCCCGGUCUACAACACCAAAGCCCGAAAGUGCUCUACAGAAAGUACCCCUGACUCAACCAUCAGUCGAUCUUUUCAGCCCACCCCCUGUUGUGAAUUAUGGCGUACCAGCUCACCCUGAGUCAAAUGGCACCUUGGGCAUAGCGCGCUCCACGACGCAGAAGGCUGAAUCCUCUCCCCAUAACGUACUCUUACCUUAUGGGUCGAGCGAGCGUCCAAGUCAGUCGACAGAGGAUUUGUACCGGAACCCUGUCAUCACAGCGACUGCGACUUACAUGGAAUCAAGAAAGAUGGCUGCUCAGCAUCCAGAGCCACCCUCAUUCCCAUCUACGAGUAUUACACCGAACUUUGCAGGUACUCGACCCACACCACCAAAGGUUGAAAGCUCUCCGCAAUUGUCUACGCCUCAAUUUCGCUAUCCUGGCCAAUUGCCAUCAACUACGUUGCAUAGCAUAUCUUCUGCCCCGCGAACAUAUCCAGAACCGAAGGCGAUAAGUCAGCUUUCGGAUCAACCUCUCACGUUGCCUGGAACAAAUGUUGCAUCCAACCAAGCAUAUGCUUGGGCCACGCCACCGAAGCCCGAACGUUCUCCCCUGGCUUCAAUUCAGCCAUCAACAGACUACCCCAACCAAGUGCCGCGGAAUGACCCGGAAGCAAUUGUUCCACAACUUCAGCUGAAUUCAAGGAGGAUGAACGCUCAGCAGUCAGAUUCCCCUUCAGCGUUCUCAAUUACCAUUUCGGCGCCCAAUCAGACUGUGGCUCGUGCCACGCCGCUGAAAGCAGAAAAUUCUCUUCCAAAGGAAUCCCCAGUUCUGCCAACACCUGAACAUCAUCGCCCACCGCAAAAAAAUGUGGCCGUUGCGCCAACUGAAGCUCAUAUACUGCCAGAGUUCAACACCGACAUAAUAAGUCCUCGUCUGAAUCAAGGACUCGAGUCUGAACAAAAGCUGGGGCGGUCUUUGCGAGAAACGCCAGGGUACAUAGCCACGGACCGUCAGGUCAACCUUUCGUCCGAGCGCGUACGAGCUCUUGUGGGCAAGGAAGAGAUCACGCGAGCUGAUAGGGUUUUACCCAUAAACUCAUCGAACGACCCGGACUAUCGUGUACUAGCCGAACCAAAUGGUGAAGACAUGAUUCAGGCACGACACAACCAUGCAAAUAACCCCCCAAAUGUUAACAUGCUUGGUAUUGAGGAAAUACCCGGCAAUAAGCUCUGGACCACUGUGAAAGAGGCGGAGGAGUCAAAGGAGUCAAUGUCGUCACAAAAUCGAACUUCUGAUCAGAAAACUCGAGAACAUGGUAACACGGUGUUCAACAGCGACACUCGGAAUAAGACAGGUGUCUCCGUCUCACAGCCUCCAACCUAUACAGUGCCUAAUUCUGGAUCAGCAUACCCGACACCCGUUACUCCUCCUUCAAUAGGACUGCCGGAUGGGUCAAUGACUAUCGACAACGGCGUGAAGCUGCCCUCCCUAGCUGGGAGACAAGGAAAAAAGCCCUACCCGAAUUACUCGCCAAACUCAAUCGCUCGUGGUCGAAGUGCCAACCAGAGUGGCUCAGGGGCAGGAAAGCACAAUCUGGAUUCUGAAAGACAAGAAGAUCGUGCUUCCCAGCCCGCCCAGGGGAGUGGACUUCCAUCACAAGUUGCAUUCUCUGCUUCCAAGUCCUCGAUCGUUGCCAUGGAACCUGACAUUCGAGGAGCAGAAGAUAAAGUUCACGCAGCUCGUGUCCAUCCUAAUUUUGGGACUGCACCACCUCAAUUGGCGCCUGGUUGGAGCCAGAUGAGUAUCGAAACGCAACCCCAUGCUACCCCUUCCAUGUCCAAAAGUUCCUCUACUUCUCCAAACCACCCAAGCGGGGAAGGCUUAUCCCGUGCGCCACAGCCCACGCAUCAGGGAUCUUUUGAAGUUCCAAAGUCAUUUACAACUCCCAAAAUUGUUCCCAUCAUCUUGAAUAACUCAAAGCCCCAAGACAUUUUAGCCCUUAGCAGCAAUAUUGGUCAGAAAGACGCACAUAAUCAAGCCGCUGUUUUCAACUCAAAUCUAAAAUCCGUACAAUCUUCAAAAGAAUAUUCAAAGCCAACGUCAUUUCCAUCCACAAUCCCUCUCGAUCCUCAAGGCGCGGGGAUUGUGGCGCAAAGUUUGCAGCAUGACAAGGCAAAGGAUGCUGAAAACCAAGUUAAACCCUACUCAGCUGAUCCUGCCUCCUCCAAAUUGAACCACGAUUCCAACCCGAUGCCUUCACAACAAGUCGCUUCUUCCCUGCACCCAUCAACCUCCCAUCCGAUCCAGCCACCACUCAUCCACCAUCCUAAAUUAGCAGAAAUCCUUUCAUCCCCUCCUCCCAUACACAGAAGCAUGACGCCUGCAAGGGUGCACGACAAUGCUCCCGGUAGCGCUGCCGCAGCUCCUUUUCCGGGUGUCAUGGAUAUUUCGCGUUCAUCUCCGUCUGCUCCUGUCCACGUACUUACGUCGAAGGCCCACGGCUCCCCUUCAGACCGAGUGCGCACCACCCCACUCGUUUCUCGCGAUGCUGCCACACCCAAGCAUUCCCCUUCGCGUAGGCAAACCCUCGAUCCCUUGUUGAACGAGCAGACACUAUCACAACCGAUGCCUCAUUCCACUCCCGGUCCGACGUCCAACUUGUCAGCUGCCACCACUUCCUUGGCCAGAUUCGCGGCCCCUGUUGUCUCUCUUUCAAGCGACUCACGGCUGCCAGACGUGAUGCCCACAUCGCAUGGCGCCCCAGGUUCACAUCGCCUACAAACCCGAAACCUGCCAUCUAGAGUAGCAUCAAACGUAGUGGACACAACAUCUUCCUAUAAUGAUCAAAAAUAUACGCAGGCUCAAGCACCCAUCGAAACAGCACCUAAGUUACGCCCUCCAGCUAUUCACGAGAUCCAUUCGGUCACAAAUUAUCAUAAUCCUCCCGGAAGGAAACUAAGCGGAACAAUGCAGGCCAAUUCGAAUGAUCAGACUAUCCAUCGAAACCGGCCGAGCGGCGCUGGUGUACCACCACCAAUAUCGACGUCUUCUGUUUAUCCACAACCAGACAUAGCUGGUUCUCAAACUACCUUUCCGACAUUCUCUAGCACAACAGCUCUUCGACAUAAACAAUCUGCAUCUUUACCGUCUAAUAUGCCACCUCAUUUAUCUCAGUCACAAACCACCCAUCGAGUACAUCAAACACCCCAAAUUUCAGGACGGAGUAUAUCAACGAAUCCAUAUCGUUCACGAGAGCUUGCGGCGUCAGAGGAGACCAUCCUCAUGACCCCGUCAUCACUCGCGCCGUCGAUGCUUAAACCUACCGUUUCACGUUCCUCAAUCACCCCUGCUACUAUUUCCCAGCAAGACUCACGCAAACGGGGUAAAAUGGUCGAUAUGUUUCUGCCAAAAAAACCUCAAGAACCCCAGCCAGUGUACGAGGUCUGGCACCCGCCUUCGUCAAGGGCUGCUGACCGCGUUAAGGCGCCUACUUCUGUUGAGAAUCUGACGCAAACGAAUCCAAGCACCAAAGUGGCAGCUUCGUUGUCAUCAUCCAGGGUGAACGUCCCUCCACCCAUCUCCAUUCCUACCGCCCCACAGCCAAUUCAAAGACGCAAGAGUCCAAAUUCCAAGGUCUUUACGCCGUUUCGUUACUUAACGUCAAAGCGAAAUAGAUCAAUGUCGUUGUUGUCGCUGGAAGCCCAGGAUGGCACAGCGCCCAGCACCGUCGUGGGUUCUCCUACGGCAUCUAUGCAUAGUCAGGCACCUAUACAGCCUCCACCUUUGCGAGACCCGAUUAAGGCCACUCAAGAGUGGAGAAACCGUGAAGAAGCCGAGGUAUUAUCCCGGGCCAAUUACAGACGGCAGCGACCGGGUGUGGUAUUCGAUGUAAAAGAGGAACCGUCGCAAGAUAAGCAGCGCCCUAAACGCCGCACACGGACCCCCAGAGUUACUGGGGACGAACGUCGUCGAUGA